AACCACUUGCUUCUCAUUCACUCCACCCUCAUUUAGGCCGCGUCAGCCUCGCCCCUUUCAUCCAACCCUUCUUCUUCACUCUCUCGCCACUUUUCAGACCACGUAAGGCAGCCAUCCCUAUAUACAUUCUUGAGGACACAUCUCAUUCUUAGAUCCAACAGCAAACGCCUGUUCGGUUAUCCGCAAAUUCUCAACUAUCCAGACUUGUAAUUCACACAUCGCUCGUCAUGUCACGCUUCAGCAUCCCCAUCGACGCCUUGACGUCCAGGAUGAAUUUUGGUGGACGCUUCGACAGCCUGCGCUCAACCUCCGUCUCGUCCCGAUUCGCCAACUUGCGACCCAUCUCCGAGUUCUUCGACGUCAAGCGCAUCUCCAAACCCGCAAACUUCGGCGAGGUCCAGAGCAGGGUCAACUACAACUUGGGCUACUUCUCCAGCAACUAUGCUGCUGUCUUCGUCAUGCUCAGCGUCUACAGUUUGCUCACCAACUUGAUGCUUCUCUUCGUCAUCUGCCUGGUAGUCGGUGGAAUGUUCGGUAUCGGUAAGCUCGAGGGCAACGAUCUGCAACUCGGCAGCUGGCGCGCAACCACCUCGCAGCUUUACACUACACUCUUCGUCAUUGCUAUUCCUCUCGGUCUCUGGGCAUCGCCCUUCACCACGGUACUCUGGCUCAUCGGAGCGACGGGCGUGACUGUUGUCGGCCACGCUGCGUUCAUGGAUAAACCAAUCGAGUCAGCUUUUUCCGAGGAGGCGGUCUAG